GUGGGUGACGCAGGCGCAGUGUGACUCCGGAGGCGCUGGCCACCCGCUCGGCUAGGUUUGGAUCCGGGUCAGUGAGGCGCGGCGGUUGCGGAGGAACGCUCUAAACUGACGGGACCGGAUCGCCGGGAGCGCCCCAGCUGCGAAGAGUAUUAACGGGAACAUCCAUAGGAGUGCAAAAACUUUCACAAUGAAAUCAGAAGCCAAGGAUGGAGAGGAGGAGAGUCUACAAACUGCCUUCAAGAAAUUAAGAGUGGAUGCAUCAGGGUCCAUCCUAUCUCUGUCUGUUGGAGAAGGCACAAGUGUCAGAGCACCAGUCAGAGCAACAGCAGAUGAUACCAAACCUAAAACCACAUGUGCAUCUAAAGACAGUUGGCAUGGGUCCACAAGGAAGUCUUCACGAGGAGCAGUGAGAACUCAGCGUCGUCGACGUUCUAAGUCUCCUGUUCUUCAUCCUCCAAAGUUCAUACAUUGCAGUACAAUAGCAUCUCCUUCCAGCGGUCAGCUCAAGCACAGAGGCCAGACUGAGCCUCCUGAUGGCAGCAGUCGGCUGGGAAUUUCAGCCCCUAAAGAGUUCAACACAGGAGAAAGCUCUCCUUCUCUUGAUGCCAAUUGCACUGGAGUGGUCAUUGAGCCUUUGAGAACUUCGGUUCCAAGGCUCCCAUCAGAGAGUAAAACAGAAGAGCCCUCUGAUGCUACCCAUGUCUCCCAAGCAAGUCUCAAGGCCAAUGAGCUCUCUGACUUUCGAUCCGUUUCCAAGCUAAGCCAGGGCAAGCCAUGUGCAUGUGUAGGCAAGGAGUGCCAGUGUAAGAGGUGGCAUGAUAUGGAAGUGUAUUCCUUUUCAGGUCUGCAGAAUGUCCCUCCUUUGGCCCCAGAGCGAAGAUCCCUUGAGGACUACUCCCAGACAUUGCAUACCAGAACUCUGUCUGGCUCUCCUCGCUCCUGUUCUGAGCAAGCUCGAGUCUAUGUGGAUGAUGUGACCAUUGAGGACCUAUCAGGCUACAUGGAGUAUUACUUGUAUAUCCCCAAGAAAAUGUCCCACAUGGCAGAAAUGAUGUACACCUGAUAACAGGAUGCUGACUCAUGUGCUUUAAACCAAUGAAAGGUUGUCAAGAGGGUUAAGUUAAAGGCAGACCUUGUGGCCACUCUGAGAAGACGUCUCUUUCUGCUCACUGUGCUUGCAAUAAAAACUGUACUUGGCAUCUCAGUUAAUCUUCAUUCUUUCAGUUUACCUACACAUUAAGGCAAGCAGGUCAGAAAAAAAAAAAAAGGAAAAAAAAAAAACAACUUCCUCUCCUAGAAAUGUUCCUGAUGGCUGAAGAAACUGUAAUCACCUAAGACUGGCGACAGUGGGUAUAUGGUGGAAUCCUUUGUAAAGCAGCAGUUUUCAGACCUGCUUAAGAAGUAGCAGCCAAGAAAAUCAAAUGCGGUUUUGGAACUGAACUGAACGCUUGUCAUAUUGUAAGAUGCCAGCUGAAAAUAUUAGAGAUUAUAAGACUCAUUUAAACUGUUUCUGAUUUAACGCAGGAUUUUGUGUCAUUAAAGUUUCUUAUGUUGAGCCAGAGAUCUAAGGUUUAGAUUCAGUUUGAAUAAACAAGGUGACCUGUCCUGUA